AUGAGACCUGUCUUGCCUGCGAACCACCCCCUCAAUAACCAAGCCUCGGGUCGCUCAGGCCGGCCAGACAGUCUUGUCUGCGGCCCCUCGACUGCUCCCACCUCGUGCUUCAUCACCAGCGAGGCCGACCUCGACGCUCGCCGAGAUCGCUCUCGUCCAAGAUUCCGCCAGCAAGCCGAUCGUCGCAAGUGCAGCCGUAGCGCACGCGAGCCGUCAACCCCGCGCCGAAGGCCUUCACCCGCUCGCGCCGACAAGGUUCCUUCUUCAACCUCGGAAUCAGAGGAAUCGAUAGUCGAGCAGGAUCCCUUGGUUCUCCCUUCACGAUCGAGCACUCCGUCCUUGAUCGGCCUCUCACGACCCGAAUCUAUACUCAGUGGUUCCUCUCGGAGUUAUUCACUUGCUGGGCCUUCCAUCGAAUAUCCAAGCGACUCCCUCCAAGACGACGCAUCUUUGCCAGAGACCGACAUGGGCGACAACCGGGGUCAUGACAACUCCAUCCCUCAGCUAAUCAUGCCCAGCCUGACGGUACCACGCCGUCGUCCGUUUUCUGAAGUGGGCAAGUCACUGGGCAAGCUGAAGAUUAUGGUGUCAGGUCGGAACGGUAUUGGUAAAACCUCACUCAUCAAGACCUUGGCACAACGUUGCGAGCACAUCGUCCACAUGGACCCGAUAGAGAACAGCAGCGCUGUGCAUGCAACUGAAACAUAUGCCAGUUCAAGGCCUCAUCCAUGGUGGCGAUCCGACUCUGACCUCACAGUUACUACGCGGAGACGUAUCUCGACUACUGGUGAUGUCCUGGAUAGAAACGUUUGCUUUGUUGAAAGCCCCAGACAUCAGCACGGCGCUUCUGGGCCAUGGCGCGACCUGCAUUAUGUCGAGUCUCACCUGGCAUCUCUCAUGAGCAAGCCUAUGGCGGAUUCCGAUUUGCUAGCUCUAGUCAACUCCGGAGGUGUCCCAGUUGUGGAUGCUCUGCUCUAUCUUAUCCCCCACAGUGGUCUUACACGAGAGGAUGUGCAAUAUAUCAAGCACGCUCAGGGGAUGACUAACGUUAUACCCGUCCUAACCCGUGCUGAUGAGCUCGCCGCAGAAGAGAUUGGGCACAUCAGACAGCGAGUUGCGAAGCAGUUGGCGAAUGAAAAUAUCGACUAUUUCUCCUUCGACGGCCCUGAACCAUCCGACGAAGCCUCCCGAGUUUACGCCAUCUCGACCAAAACUCAAACUGACUACGAUACCAUGGACGCUAGCGUCCUAAUGAACUCGGAAUACAACCCACCCCUUGUCCCAACCGACCUAAGCAGGCUCGUCGACCACAUCUUCUCACUGGAUGGUAGUGCUCGGCUCCGCCAUGCUGCAGCUGUUAAAUGCGUCAAAUGGCGCCGUGACCAUGGCGAUAGUCUUCUUCAGACUGCUCUUUCUAGCGGCUGCAUGGUGUCUCGAACCGUUCCUCAGAGUGCCUUGAGGCUGCGCCCCUUCCGGCGAUCUCAGAGCUGGGAACGACUGGAGCUGUACAACUGGGCCAAUAAUUUACGGCAAAGUCUCCACUCGGAGCGACUUUACCAUCUGAUGGAGGAAAGGUCGAACUCAAACGCUCCUGCGUACGAGUCAUCCCUUGUACGACUUACCCCGGACGGGAACCAGCAACGACGACCGAAGAAGCGAAACACCAAGACGCCUACUCAUCAAGAUCCGCUUGGGCUGUUGCAGAUAGGGGGGAAACUCAAGCAAAAGGGCAUGUUUGCGCUGGAGAUGGUGAGCAGUUUCGGUUUGAUCGGCUUGGUUCUUUCUCGACUAAUUCACUCCAACUGGGCAGACGGCGUUUGCUCCAUUGUCGGGACGAAAAGGAUGGGGAUGGAGGUAGGUCAGCUGAACAUGCUGUUGCCUCUUUAA